AUUAUCAUUUAUCAUCAAUAUCAUCAUCCAUUUUCCAAACUAACAUCAAGUAAAUCAUCAAAUCAUUCCUUCCUGGGUUCAUACGUCACCCUUUCAAUCUCUGUAUUCUACUUGUACUGAACUUAAUAUUAUCUGAUGGCUGAUACAGAUGAAGGACAAACAACUACUCCUCGAGGAGCUGACUGGGAAGUGGUAUCACUCACCGCGUCAGCAUAUGCUGCUGCCCCUGGUGGGAAUAUGCCAGAGUUCAAGCAUGAAGAAAUGGCUGAGAAAGAUAAAGUUGAGUCAUCAAAUGCGUUAUUCAUGUCGGGUCAUUUUGUUUUACCAUCUAGCAAGCAUGAUAUGCCAUCAGAAUAUGAAAAAACAGAGAUCCUUGAUCAGCUGGUAGGAAAAGAUUAUGGUUCUGAAUCUGUUAAAAAUGUGAGUGGAAAACCCGAUUCUAAGGAAGAAGAAAAUUGGAAUCUUAUGAACUUGGCCAAUGCAGACUUCACAAAAGACUCCACCCUUUCAGGUCUAAAUAUAUCAGAAAAAGAGCAGAGUAUUUAUGGUUCACCUAUGCUUCAUUCCUUACACAAUGAAGCAACUAUUGGUGCGCUAAACAUAGAUGAUGAAACAAAUGUUUUAGAUGAGUCUAUACAAUCUUCUGAUCCAAUAUUAGAUUCAAGUACUGCAAGUUUUCCCACAAAAGAAGACAACCACGAGGGAUCAGGCACACCUUAUUCGGCUUGGUUGAAGAAACAAGCCAUAUCUUUAUAUGCACAUGCAAAAGAGACGAAUGCCUUUUGGUCUGUAUUUGCUGUGGCUGCUGUAAUGGGCAUUGUUAUCAUCGGUCGACGGUGGCAGCAAGAAAGAUGGCAAGGUUUGCGUCACGAAUUAAAAUCUAAGGUCAAUGAUGAGAAAAUGAGGAUGAUGGCCGGUCCAGUAUCACGGUUCAAAGAUGCAAUUGUAGGUGGUCACCGACAAGAUUUUGCUGCCAGAGGAAGCAUCUUCCAGGAACUUUGAUGGUUAAUAAUGAUAUUUAUGAUGAUACAAAGAACAGAGUGAAAAUGAUGAUCUGUGUAGGUUGUUUAACAUUUUUAUUAUUGAGUGUCACAUGUUAAUGUUUGCUUAUUAUGUUACAUUUGUAUGCUUGAAAGUAGUAAAGCUGUCACUUCUAUACA